AUAUACUUACCAGACUUCUCCCGGAACUUCCUGACCAUGUAAAUUUUAAGAAAGAUUUCAGCAUCUGUAUUCAUAUAAUUACUUAUUUUAGAAAUUCUUUCACAAUUAAAUAUCAGCCUGCCUUGUAUUUUUCCUUGUAAAGAAGCAAAACUGACGUUGGCAAAAUCUAUUACCCCAGAGACUAUAAUUCUAAUUAACACAAACGAGUUUAUUUUAAUAUAUCAUACAUAAAAAUAGAAGAAUCCGUUUGACGAGAGUUUUACAUUAAAUAAACAUAAGAUAAUUAUUGAACUAUUGUGCAGCCACCGUUAUUUUGUGAAUAUACCUGUAUAAAAUGCUUUGAACUUUUACUUUCGUUUUCACAAUUGUCUGUAAAUCUGCAGCUUUCCAGGGUCGUUUUGGAAAGAGUUUUUUAAACAAAUAGGCAUAUAUAUAUAUACCGUACAGACUGUAGGCUAGUAAUCCUAAUAACUCGUUAUUUUUGUCUGUCAGUGGAAAGAUUUGUAUAUACUUAUACAAAUUUUUGGUGGAACCGUUCGUUUCUGUUGUUCUCGAAUAUCAUGUUAUUCCCAGGAUAAAUACGCAUGCAGAUGUGCAGAAGGGUGGCAAUUUCUGUAUUAAUAUAAGAAAUUAUAUUAUUAAGUAUUAUAUAAUUCAAAUGUACUCAUAUUUUAUCUUUUACUGCGGGGCCGGUUUUAGACAUGCAUAUAUGAGGGGGCAGACAGAAAUGUGAAGGGGGCACAUGACAAAAUUGACUGGGCCCCACUUGGGUUUCCCAUGUCAGCCCAAGUGCAUCCCAUGCCCCACAUGGAUGUGUUGGCUGGGAAAUAUCGACUGUACUUAUAUUGUUCCUUUGUAAAAAGAAACACAAACAAUUUUAUUUUAAUAUACCACAUACAAAAACAGAAGAAUCCACUUGACAAGCAUUUUACUUUAAGGCAACUUAUAAGAUAAUGUGUAUCUGCCUUCAUGUUUAUAGCAUAGCGUUUUAAGUCAACAACUGUACAUCAAUUCUAAAAUGAGACUUGCUGCAAUAUUCAAUAUUCAUAUGAACUGUGGUGUGGCCACAAUAAUCACAAAAAUCUGAUCUAAAAAACCUAUUACCUCCUAAAUUCACUUUCACAAUUGUAUGUAAAGCUGCAGCUUUUGUGGGUCAUUUGGAAAAAGUGAGUUUAUUCCCUCCAUGCAGAAACUGCUUGGCUGGUGCAUGACAGACAGUGGUGUUCUUUAUAAAUAUAAUACUGCACAAAUCCUUCAAAAUAUCGCAUUAAUCAGAACUAGGGAGAAGCUAAAAAUAAAAUACAAAAUUAACUAAUUGAAUCAUCUAACCGUAAAUAUGAUUUUUGCAGACUGGGUGCAUGAACUCACCUCCCCAGAAUGUAGUAUCACCAGUUUAUAGUUAUUUGUUCUAUAAAACUCCUGUGUGCACCAAUAUAGGCCUAUGUGUAUGUCCUUCAUAUUGGGACGAGCAAUGGCACAAUAGGCAAAAGAAAAGCUAUUAUUACAUUACUGUCUCAACAUAAAAUAAUGUCCUAUGUGCUUCAUUAUUGACUUCCAAGGACUAUUCCAGGGGGGCUUUUUGGGGAAAAUAUAUUAAACUAACAUGUUUAUGAACCUGCAGUGUCGACUCUUAUUAACAUCAUGAACCAAAGUUUUAAUAUAUUGUGACAGGUGGCACAUUUAGAGAGGUGUGUGCAUUCCAGGGGUGUCGGAAAUUGGGGGAAUGCAUCCACCCCAGUAUCGGCAGAUCCCCCCUUCCUUCCCAAUUAAUAAAUAAAUACAUAAUCAACAGCACGUUCCUCAUCGUUCAUUAUGACUCUGCACAAUUGACUCGGCCAAUUCGCUGCACAGAGCACUAAGACGAAACCUUACGAAGAUUGUAUCAGACAAAAUAAUCUUUUAGCUAAAUGAUGAUUGGCUAUGAAAAUGUACCCUUAAUGAUUUUAGUCUUAUUUUAAAUGAGCAGUAUGAGCCGAUAACAGCGAUAAGAGACAGCUAAGAGAGGCUUAGACUAACCUUACGAAAGAAUCUAACGGAAGAUAUACUUAACUAAGAACAUUUCGGGAAACAGAGCGGAGCUUAACUUAUAAUAUAAGGAAAAUACAAUGCAUUCAUUGAACAGGUCCAGAAGUUGGUAUUUAGAGAAUGGGACUCGGCAGCAGUACUGAAACCCCCAGGAGAGUGGAGACCGCGCAGCAAGUCGUGGAACAGGAAAGGAAACCAACGAUCCUUGAUAAACCAUGGAGGGAUGUUACGUGGGACGAGAGCACAAAGACCAAACUCAUGCAAUCCCUGAAAGAGUACAAGCCCCCUAUUGAUUCAGUGCCUCAGGCUCGGAUUCUUAUAAUUGGUGUAGUUAGUGCUGGAAAAUCAAGCUUCUUCAACUCUAUCAACUCCAUCUUCCGUGGCAACAUAACAAGCCAAGCUGAAGCAGGAGAGAUGGCAACCAGCCUUUCCUUGAAGUAUCGCACUUACCAGGUGAAGGCAGGCCGAGGUGGACAGCCUCUGGCAUUCUUACUGUGUGACACCAUGGGACUGGAAGCAGGGAAGGAUGGAGGCGUGAAAACUGAAGAUAUUGAGAGCAUCCUGAAGGGCUACGUACCAGACAAGUACAGUUUCAACUCUGUGCAGGCAAUGGAUACUACUGGCUGUCAGACGGGCAGCCGAUUGCCAGUUCAGGACAGGAUCCACUGUGUGGUGUAUGUCAUAGAUGCCACCAAACUUGCAAUUAUACCCCAAGAAAUGAAGAGCAAAGUUGAUGAAAUCCGAAAGGAAACAAAGUAUCAUGACGUCCCUCUAAUGGUGCUACUGACCAAAGUGGACAAAGCAUGCCCACUUGUGGGAGAGGAUUUGAAGAACGUGUACCGCAGCUGCUACAUAAAGGAUCUGAUCUACAAAGCGAGUGACUGUCUGGGCAUUCCAGUGUCGCAGGUGCUUCCAGUGAAGAAUUACGACCAUGAGAAUGUGCUGGACACGUGCUGUGAUGUCCUGCUUCUCAGUGCAAUGCAGCAGAUGCUAAACUUUGCUGACAAUUACUUUGACAAUUUUAAUAAUGGCACAGAGUAAAGAUGUUGUGAUCAGUGCCAUCAUAUUUCUCUGGUGGUGUUGAGAGCCACUGUCCAAGGUGUUGUGCCCAAUAACAUGUUAGAUUCUUACUCGUUAUACUUACGCAGAAAUCUGUUUCUUUACCGUAAUUACACACAAGCCGUUUUGUAAAAAUUCUACAUUUUACUUGGAGAUGAAUGAUGUGUGCAUAAAACCAAAGAUAUAAUCAAGUGCACAGUGUAACCCUACACUAGACUACAUGCUAAG